AUGCAACAGACAGCGGCCUUGGAUAAGUACGAACAGAGAUACGGCCCGGCUCUCGAAAACGAUGGACCAUACCAGCACCGACGAGUGGCAACGGAAGCACAGCCGGCCCAAAUCCAGGGGCAAGUCGAAGGAAUACAACCACAGCUGCAGAUACAGGGCAAGAGAAUACGCGGACCACUACGGGCUAGGACUAAUGGCGACGCCCCGUCGAUAGUAACGGCACCAGACCCUAUAGACGACGGCCCUACGAUCAAGCACGACCCCGCUGAGUGCAAUUACGAGAUCUAUGACAAAGAACUUUUGGCUAUUGUACGCUGCUUCGAAUGCUGGAGACCCGAACUCCAAGGCACGCACCACCAGAUUACAGUCAUCACUGACCAUGCCAACCUUCGAUAUUUCAUGACAACCAAGCAACUUUCAAGACGACAAGUCAGGUGGAGCGAAUUCCUAUCACAGUUCCAAUUCGCUAUCAAAUCACAAGACUUGCCGAAAGAUGAAAAUGACGACCGCAUCCAGUACCAACAACAGUCGCUGCUUAAGCCUUGCAACGUAGACUCCUCCGUACAAGAACAACUAAAGCUUGACCCCGAGCUCUCAGAACUCUUUGCCAAUCUCUCCUGGGAACAAGAAAUUGCACUAUGUCCCGCCAUUCUUGACGAAAUUCAGCCAGAACCAAUCAACCACAGAAUCACAAGACUUCUAGACAAGGGCUAUGAGGAGGACGAAUGGUGGAUGAAAAUCAGGGACGAGAUGCUCAAACCCCAUGGCACUCCUCACUGA